ACCGUGUUUGUCAAGGAGUGUCACUACCCUGGAGUCGCUCGACAUGCAACGCUGCCACCUGGCGUCGAACAGACUUACAACCUAUUCGGACCGGUGAGGAAUAAAUUAAACCAACAAUACGAAUAAAACCCACGUCGCAUUCUUUGUUCAAGAGCUGGUAUGCUGUGAUUCCCUAAAAAAAAUAAAAACAAAAACGUUUCUUAUAACGACAAGGCGAUGUUUUACGGAUCGAUUGGAUGUGUCUGAGGAUGGAAGUCCAGAGCAAUUGAUCCAGAGAGACGGAGGCAGCGUCUCUGAUAACUUGGAGUUUGUUCUGCUCUAGGUAGAAAUGCGGUUGUGGGAAUUCUAGUUUCCCCGGAGACCCUUCUUCAGACGCCAUGGCCUCCACAUCUCGGUCGUCAUAUGCUGCUAGUGGUGGUGUUGAUGGUCCGGCUGCCAUGGCAACAGGGGCAUCUGAGCAGGCUCAGCUGACCUCUAUUCGCUAUGCAAGACUCAUCCUGGACCAAAUGAACAAGAUGCGGCUCCGGACAGACUUCUGUGAUGUCGGCCUGAGAGUCGGUGGCCAGGUCUUCAGGGGCCAUCGGCUGGUGCUUGCUGCCAGCAGUCCGUACUUUUCAGCGCUGUUUUCUGGAGGGAUGAAGGAGGCGGAGCAGGAUGAGGUGCAGAUCCAUGGAGUGGAGACGCAUAUCUUUGAGAUUCUCCUUGACUUCAUAUACACAGGUCUCAUCAAUGUGACGGUGGAGAAUGUUCAGGAGCUGGUGGUGGCUGCAGACAUGCUGCAGCUCAACGAGGUGGUGUCAAUCUGUUGUGAAUUUCUCAAGAGCCACAUGGACCCAUCCAAUUGUGUGGGAAUCUUUCUGCUUUUGGAGCAAAUUGCUUGUACAGACAUAAUGGAAUUCACAGAGAGCUAUAUUCAUGUUCACUUUUUAAAGGUUUGUGUUACAGACGAAUUUAAGAGCCUGUCAAAAGAUCAGGUCGUGAAAAUCUUAAGUAGCGAAGAGCUUAAAAUUGAGGAUGAGUACCAGGUGUUUAUCGCUGCCAUGGACUGGGUCCUUCAAGAUGUGGCUAAGAGGAAAAAAUACGUUGUGGAAGUAUUGGAACCAGUCCGCUUCCCUUUGAUUUCCCCACCGAGGCUAAUGAAGUAUAUUGAAGGCGUUACUGACUUUAGCCUGCGGGUGGCGCUGCUGACUCUGCUCAAAGAAUACACUGAAGUCUCGAAGUCCUCCAAAGAAAACAAAGUGCACUGUCUGCAACAACCUGCCAAGAUGAGACCAAGAGAGAAAGCGCGGAAAUAUCUCUACGCCAUAGGGGGUUACACCAGAUUACAAGGCGGUCGCUGGAGUGACAGCUGGACGUUGAGUUGUGUGGAGCGCUUUGACACUUUCAAUCAAUACUGGACCACUGUUUCCUCUCUGCACAAGGCACGCAGUGGGUUUGGGGUGGCCAUACUGGAGGGGAUGAUCUAUGUCGUCGGAGGUGAGAAGGAUUCGAUGAUUUUCCGAUGCACGGAGAAGUAUGAUCUUGUGACCAAGCAGUGGGGUGAAGGGGCUUCGUUGAAUUUUCCACGCUGUGGAUUAGGCGUCUGUGCCUGCCAUGGAGUUCUGUACGCAAUUGGUGGUUCAAUCGGGUCACAGAUCUCAAAGACGAUGGAGUUUUAUGAUCCUGAAACAAACAGCUGGGUCAUGUGUGGUGACAUGUCAAGUGCACGGACUUUCUUCGGUUGCUGCGAGCUGGAAGGGCGCAUUUAUAUUAUUGGAGGAAUCAGCGAAGAAGGCGCUGAACUGCACACAGCUGAGGUGUAUGAUCCGAUCUCUCGACGAUGGACUUCUCUUCCUGUCAUGGCAACACGUCGAGCUUACAUGGGCGUGGCCUGUCUAAAUAACUGCAUCUAUGUCGUGGGUGGAUGGAACGAGACCACCGGGGCGUUGGACUCAGUCGAGAAGUACUGUCCCGAAGAGGAGAAGUGGAUAGAAGUUGCCCCGAUGACGACGGUACGAGCCGGGGUCUCUGUAUCUGCUGUGAAUGGCCUGCUCUAUGCCGUCGGAGGAAGAGCCACCCACAGGGACUUUGCAGCUCCGGCCACCCUGGACUCUGUGGAGAUCUAUGACCCUCACCUGGACACCUGGACUGAAGUGGGCAACAUGAUCACUAGUCGCUGUGACGGAGGCCUCGCCAUGUUCUGAGCUACAGAACCUCUUCAGCACCAGCGUGGCCACCAGUGAGAAAGUUGCGACCAGGGUAAGGACAGUCCUCAUGGCCCUGAACCAGGCAGGGUAACCAGGAAGCAGGACCAGGUCAUAGUGCAGAGAGAGACCUAAUCCCAUGAGAACCACCAGGGUUGCCUCUGAAAUAUUCUCCUUGCAGAGGAUUGCGAGCCAGGCCAGGAGUGAGGGAACCACACUGUUACCCAGGUUCUUCCAGUCAGGCUGAGCAGGGCUUCCCUCAGGGAUGGCGAACCCCCAUCGGGCUCCUCCGAGGAAGGAAACUAUGCAGGCUCCAUAAAUCAUUUGAGCGUGUGCCACUUCAGGGUAGUAGGACUGAGUGACAGCCAUCAGAAGUGGAGCAGACAAAAACGGAAUGAGACCGGAGAAACCAAGAAAAAGGGCUGGUUUUGGGGCCAGGGAGAGCGCCUUCAUACUGAACCCCUUUCCAUGUCCUUCUGAGCCACCAGUCGUAUCAGUGUGGCAUGGAUGUUGGCUACUCAAGCUUGUGGUUCUGCUGCUCAAAAACAGCUUGUUGCUGAUGAUUGGUCUCAGUGCAUUCAAUUCUGUGUAGGGAUGACAUUGGACAGAAUGCCUGAGAUUGUUUGCCACAUUUUGUAGCUUGGUCACUGGCUGUUGAGAUCUCCAAACAGGAAGCUGAGCAGAAAGAAAACUAUAUCAAAAUUGCACACCGUAUACGUUCAUUUCAACAUUACUAUAUUUCAGCAGUUGAAUAAAUAUUUUU